AGGCGGAAGUGGACGAAUUUGAAUUGUGUGGGCCGUUGGAUGGGGCCGUUCCCGGAUGGCGUGUGGCGCAGCGCGAGAAGGGAAAAGUGACACAGCCGCUCUGGAACUUCUGCCCAGCGCGCCUCGGCUUUUUGGUGGAAGUUACUAAGCACAGCCACAGUCAAGGAGAAGGAAAUCAGGCUCCACCUUUUGAAGGGGGAGGAGUAUCAAACUGAGUGUCACUGACCAAGUGGAGUAAAAUGAAUGAAAGUAAAACUGGAGGCUCACAGAAUCCCACUUGUGUUUUCUGUCGAAAAAAUGAUGACUGUCCUAUUAAAUAUGGAGAAAAGAAAACUAAUGAGAAAUGGAAUCUCACUGUACAUUACUAUUGUUUGUUGAUGUCAAGUGGAAUUUGGCAGAGGGGUAAAGAAGAAGAAGGAGUUUAUGGUUUUCUAAUAGAAGAUAUCAGGAAAGAAGUGACUAGGGCUUCGAAACUGAAAUGCUGUAUUUGCAAGAAAACCGGUGCUUCAAUUGGAUGUGUCACACCCCGAUGUAAACGAAGUUAUCAUUUCCCAUGCGGACUUCAGAGAGAAUGUAUUUUCCAGUUCACUGGCAAUUUUGCGUCAUUUUGUUGGAACCAUCGACCUGUUCAGAUAAUUACAUCUAAUAAUUAUAGAGACUCCUUACCAUGCACCAUUUGCUUGGAAUUUAUUGAGCCUAUUCCAACUUACAGCAUAUUACGAAGUCCUUGUUGUAAGAAUGCUUGGUUCCAUAGAGACUGUUUACAGGUUCAAGCAAUAAAUGCAGGAAUGUUUUUCUUUAGGUGCACAGUAUGCAAUAAUAGUGAUAUAUUUCAGAAAGAGAUGUUGAGAAUGGGAAUUCAUAUUCCUGAAAAAGAUGCAUCUUGGGAAUUAGAGGAAAAUGCUUAUCAAGAGCUUCUGCAGCACUAUGAGCAUUGUGAUGUCCGAAGAUGUCGUUGCAAAGAAGGGCGAGACUAUAAUGUGCCUGACAGCAAAUGGGAAAUAAAGCGCUGUCAGUGUUGUGGUUCUCGCGGAACACAUCUAGCCUGUUCCUCACUACAAUCAUGGGAACAAAAUUGGGAAUGUUUGGAAUGUAGAGGUAUUCUUUACAAUUCAGGCGAUUUCCAAAAAGCCAAAAAACACACAUUACCCAGCACUAAUGUGGGAAUAACUGAUUGUUUGUUGGAGGAAUCUUCACCUAAAUUACCCAGACAGUCUCCUGGAGCCCAGCGUGAAGACCUGCUGAGGCAAGGCAGCAAAUUUAGAAGAGAUAUUUCAACUCUAAUAAUAGAGCUAGGAUUCCAAAUUAAAAAAAAAGCUAAAAGAUUAUUUAUCAACAAAGCCAAUAUCUGGAAUAGUGCCUUAGAUGGAUUCAGAAAUCACAACUUUAAUCCUUCAUAUACAAUUGAAAUAGCAUAUGUUAAUGAAAAUGAUCAUUUUGGAAAAGAGCAGCCUGGAUCAAAGCAAGAAUUCCUAAGUCUCUUAAUGCAGCAACUUGAGAACUCACCAUUGUUUGAAGGGUCCUUGUCAAAGAACUUGUCUCUCAAUUCUCAAGCUCUGAAAGAGAAUCUUUACUAUGAAGCUGGCAAAAUGCUUGCCAUUUCUUUGGUUCAUGGUGGUCCUUCACCUGGUUUCUUUUCUAAAACCUUAUUUAACUGCCUUGUUUAUGGACCAGAAAGUACCCAACCAAUUUUAGACGAUGUCUCAGACUUUGAUGUGGCACAGAUUAUAAUCAGGAUAAAUACUGCAGCAACUGUGGCUGACUUAAACUCUUUACUAAAUGAAUAUUAUAACUACCUAGAGCUUAUUGGAUGCCUAAGACUUAUAACAUCAUUAAGUGAUAAAUAUAGGUUGGCAAAAGACAUACUUGUUUAUCAUGUAAUUAAGAGAGUCCAAGCACCUUUUGAAAGUUUUAAACAGGGUCUGAGAACUCUUGGUGUUUUGGAGAAAAUUCAGACUUAUCCAGAAGCAUUUUGUAACAUCUUCUGUCAUAAACCUGAGAAUCUUUCCACAAAAAUUCUUAGUGAUCUUUUUACAGUACACACAUUAUCUGACGUACAGGCUUUGGGGUUUUGGAACAGUUACUUACAGGCUGUUGAGGAUGGCAAAUCUACAGUAACAAUGGAAGACAUCCUUAUUUUUGCUACUGGUUGCAGUUCCAUUCCACCUGCUGGAUUUAAACCCACUCCAUCAAUUGAGUGCCUUCAUAUGGAUUUUCCUGUUGGAAACAAGUGUAAUAACUGCUUAGCUCUUCCUAUCACCAGUACCUAUAAAGAAUUUCAAGAAAAUAUGGACUUUGCCAUAAAAAACACUCUAAGAUUAGAAAAGGAAGAAAAUUCUCACUUCAUUGGACAUUAACUGUUUUGAACAAAGAGAUGCUUCUUUAAAAGCUGCUGUUGAUACUUUUUGUUUCAGAAAUCUGUCCGUCAUCACUUUUGAGCAAACUUGGCCCAAUAAAAUAUAUGAUAUGAACAUAAA